AUGGCAAUGUCCAAGAGUUGCCUCUUCCAUAUGGAGGCUGUGGGCCGCUGGGACCAUGGACAUCCCUACAAGUUUUCCUAUGCCCUCAGCUUGACUAUGAUUGUUUUCAUCCUGAAGAUGCUCCUGGCGCCGAUGCACAGCUGCAUGAAAAAGAAGGAGAAGAAGGAGUCCAAAGAGGCGGAGCUGCGGAGCUUAGCGGUGGUCGAUGAUGCAGAAGUAGUGCCCAGUGGCAUCUUGCAUUGGCUGAGCGAAGGCAUGAUGAGCUGUGUGAUGCCUUGGGUGUUGCUUGUGACCUUCACCAUCUUUGAGAUGCUCAUGACAACCUUGAGCUGCUUGGGCUUGCUGUAUGGUGCACCCACCACCAUCUUCGUGGUCUUCAAGAGUUCCAAAGCGGUGGCUCGGCAAGGUGAGGUCUUCAUGGCCCUCAUGUCGGUGGUGAUCUUGGGCCGUCGCCUGAACGUGGCGCAGUGGUGCUCCAUGUUGGUGAUCUCCUUAGCACUGCUUUUGUCGACAGUGGCCGAGGGCAAGGGAGGCAAGAAGGGUAAAGGCCCACACGAGAUGAAUCUGGAAGGGCCUGUGCUUCUGCUCCUCUCUGAGCUUUGCCACGCCAUCAUGCUGAUUUUUCAGGAGAUCGCGGUGAGAAGCUAUUGGCCCAAUCCCAUCGCCCUACUCAGUUGGUCGGCCUCCUUCGGAGUCCUCCUCACGGCGUUGUCCAUGUACAAAGCCAGGGACGUUUUUGUGGAUCUCCCGGACGGGGGCCGAAGGCCCUUCUGCGAUCCCUAUGACGUCUUCUACAUGAUGUCAACUAGCCCAGCCUUGGCGCUUUGUUUGCUGAUUAACAUCACCUCGCAUUUGAUGUCCGACGUGUCUCACAUCAUCAUUCUGAAACAUAUCUCUGCCCUGGCUCGUACACUUUGCGACACCCUGAAGAUGAUUGUGGCUCGGUUAUUCCAUCUGGCUUGA